CGGCGUAGCGGCGGGACAUGGCGGAGCGCCCCGGGGGAGGCCGCUCAGCCGCCGCCCGCCCCGUCCCGUCUCCUCUCGGCGGGGGUACCCCGCUGCCCCGGUCCGCCCGCCGGGCUGCACCGGCCGGAGGGGGAAAACAUGAAUGAGGCAAAGGAGGCUCUAAGGAACAUAGAGCAGAACUACAAGCUCUUCCUGCAGCAGCAGUUUACGUUUAUCGGAGCGCUGCAACACACCCGAGAGAACGCACACGACACGAUCAGACCUGUGGCAAGCAUCAGCCAGGUACAGUCCUACAUGGAGCAUCACUGUAACAAUUCCACGGACAGGCGUAUCCUCAACAUGUUCCUAAGCAUCUGCAACGAUCUGAGCAAGCUCUGCCAGAGGCUGGAAACUCUGCAUUCUGGUAACAACGUAACCGAUGGUAUUUUGGAGAGGUGCAAGCUGCUCCUUAGCCACAGCAACAAUCUGAGCAUCAUCCGAGCUAAAUACCCCCAUGAUGUUGUGAAUCACCUGAGCUGUGAUGAAGCAAAGAAUCACUAUGGAGGUGUGGUGAGCCUCAUCCCCAUCGUUCUAGACUGCAUGAAGGAGUGGGUAACCCACACCGAGAAGCUGCCACGGCACGUGCUGUAUAACGUUAGUCGUGGAAGCGCUGCCGCUGAGAAGGGGGCACCCCAGGACGCACCAGCUAGGGCAGCCAUUUCCCAAGCACCACUUCCUGUGGACCUUGAAGCUCAGACCUCAACUAGUAACAAACGUAAUGUACAAGUGCAGGGGAGUAAGCGUGUCUGGAAGAAGAACUUAAAUGACAUAGAAAAUCACAGUGGGAAACUUAAAUGUCCCUGGAAACCCCCAGGUAGACACGCCUUCUAAAGGAUCAAAGCUCAUGCAUCUCCUGCUUACCACCUUUAAUCAGGUGGCUGAUUAAAGACAGUGAAAUGAAUACUAGAGAUCCUUCCUAUCUGAGUCCACUUUCUGAAGAGUUAGCCCUGUAAGCCAGCCUUGGGCAGACACAUACUCUCUCCCUUGCUGAUGUUUCCACUCUCCUUAAAGUCAUAUCCCAACAGAAGUAGCUGUAGCACUACAGCUGGUCCCUUUGACCCGCACUGUGGUGAGAGCAGGGAACAGCUGGGAGUAAUUGGGUGCUAAUUGCUCAGAUACGAACCUUGAACAAGCUUCUUGAAAGGGGAUUUUACACUUUCUCAGAUUUCUUUGAGGAGCACCCACUCGCUUGCCGAAGCCGGAGGUGUGAAGAACCUGUGUGUCUGAAGGACAUGAUGCAGAGCAGCAAAGGUCUCUCAUUAGGGGUUCAGAUGUGUAUUUGAGGUUUAGACUUGGCCCUGAAGUUCCCUCCCCCCCCAUAGAAAUUGCCUGGUUAUUUGGAUGAAUGAAAUCAAAAUCGACAGGACACUAAUGAUGUCUCCUUUCUGUGCCACUGGCUACAGGAAAAGUCAGUGGCCUUUGGCUGCACCGACUUGCAGGUUCUCGCACCAUCACCAGUACACCCCGCUCUGAACAUCUUCCCUUCCGCCUCUGACUCCUUUGCUGUCAGAGCUAGGGAUGUAAAGGAGGACAAACUUCAUUUUACACUUAGCUUGGCGUCCUGACAAUAUCCAAACUUGAUUAAAACACCCCUACCCUCACUGAGCUCUCCAAAACGAACAAAGUCAUUUCCAGUCAACAUGAUUUAUGGGAAUCUGGUGGGAGCAGAGCGCGUGAGGAAGCUGUGGCCAUUUUCAGAUCAUUCUUUUUCAAAUUGCAGGUUAAAAUGUCUGUGCUUUCCUUCUUCGAGAGGAGAAUCUGGCUUGCCUAGCUUUCAACGAUGUUAUGAGGCUUAGUUCAUUAAAACUACAAGGCAUUUGAAAGAGUCUCAUGCUGCUUUUAUACCAGCACUUGGCGAUUCAAGCACAGUGACUUUAUACCAGUGCUGAAAACAGCUUGCUUUCUGGCCUGCGUAGGGAGGCUCAGCAGAGGCCCAGGCUCUCCCCAUCCUCUGAGCUGAUACGUGGUUUUGGUCGUGCUUUUAUUCAAGCUCUGUUAACUACAAACUUAAGAUCUCAAUAAUAUGGUGUCUUCCCUGUAUCUGACAGCUCUUUUCCCCUUCCGCAGGCAAAUUAGCUCCUGUUCUUUGCUUCCUGCUGGAAGACACUCCUGAAUAAACAAUUUCCCCUUGCAUACCUGGCUCAGUUUGCUAAAAUUGUGAGAAAGCCUCUGUCUUAAGAUGACCAGAUUUCAGCAACAGGCAGCCAAAAACAAAGGGAGAAUUAAUGCAGAGGAGGGAGCAUAGGAAGGAAUGAUAGCU